AUGAUCAGAACAACUGAAGCCCAUUUCAAUUCUACCUUGCCCAAUGGUCUCAAUACUGAGUUAGAAUGUAUUCGACUUAACCUGGACCCUGUGCACGCAAUACACCGCCCUCUGGUUGUAUACAUCAGUGUUUAUUUAGCCACACAACUCUUUAAUCUUGUCUUUUUGAAAUGGUGUUGGGGAUUUACUUCGAAUGAUUCUAUCAGUGGAUUAUGGGGUGGCCCUCUUCAAUACAUCGAUAGUCUACUGAACAACACCUGUAGUGAUGGUAUCAACAAGAUCACCUAUUGGUAUCGUAAACCAUCAACCCAAACAUCAAAAACACCGAUUGUGUUCAUUCAUGGUAUUGGUGCAGGAGUGAUUUGUUAUGCAGAAUGGAUUUAUCAGCUCCUUUGCCAUUUUGAUCGACCUGUGUUCUUGGUCGAACUUCCUUAUGUUGCUAUGCAUAUGGUAGAUGCUGCACCCACAGCAGCAGAAACAGCUGAUGAAAUCACACGCAUGCUGCAUACAUUUGGUCACACCAAAGCUGUCUAUGUGUCUCAUUCACUGGGUACGGCUGUCACUAGUUGGAUCAUGAAACUGGCUUCAAAUACAGUAGCAGGGACUGUGAUGAUUGAUCCCAUCUGUUUCUUGCUGCAUUACCACCAUGUUGCUUUUAAUUUUGUACAUCGUCUGCCUAAACGAUUGAUGGAGUAUCUAUUGCAUUAUGGUGCAUCCAGAGAAAUGUACAUUAGUUAUUAUAUUUCCCGUCAUUUCCAAUGGUUUGAAUCUAUCUAUUUUGUUGAUCAAACUCAAAAAGUGCCUUUACAGAAUAUAGCUGUCUUUUUGUCCGAAAAAGAUGGUAUUGUAGGCAGUGAUCAAGUGUACCAAUAUCUUUUAGAGAAUGAUGUCAAUACUUAUAGUAUGAAAGGUUUAGAACAUGCCAUGUUUCUUAUCAACAAAAAAUGGAAAAGUACAAUAAUUCAUCAAAUUGAUACUAUUUCUUGUAAAGCAGAUAGUUUAAAAUAA